GCCGGCGCCAGCUGAUGUCUGUUCGUUUAUUCUGCAGCUGGCAUUUGAAAUAAUUUGCCAUUGGGGGAAAAAUGUCAAGACGCAGUUGCCUUAACACACUGCAAGAAAGAGAUGAAAACAAAGCAGACCAAAAUACUGUGUGUCCAAAGAAGAGAAAAGCUGAGCAAUGUAAAAUAAAAACGCCAGCAGCCAAGAAACAAAGUUUUGAAAUUCAGAACCGGUGGGUGGAAGGAGAUGUUAGCCCCUGUGUCCUUGUCGAGACGCCUCACAAGGAACUUGAAGAGUCGAGUAAUUUGUCUGGUUUUAAACGCUUCAGGUUCAAGAAUCUGUUCAUCAAGCCCUCGCCACUGCCUUCCCUUAGCUGGGCCAGCUCGGAUGAUGUGUGGAUUAAGAUGCUGAAUAAAGAAUUGAAGUAUAUCCAUGAUAAAACCUUCAUGCAGCAGCACCCCAGCCUGCAACCAAAAAUGAGGGCCAUUCUCCUUGACUGGCUUUUAGAGGUGAGUGAGGUGUAUACACUUCACCGUGAGACCUUUUACCUGGCUCAGGACUUCUUUGAUCGCUUCAUGCUGACUCAGGUAGCCAUUGGGAAGAACCAGUUGCAACUCAUUGGCAUUACUUCACUGUUCAUUGCAUCUAAACUAGAGGAAAUCUAUGCACCAAAGCUUCAAGAGUUUGCGUAUGUCACAGAUGGUGCCUGUGACGAAGAUGAAAUCCUUGAAAUGGAGCUGAUAAUGCUGAAGGCAUUAAAUUGGUACCUGUGUCCUGAAACUCCCAUCUCUUGGUUGAAGCUUUAUGUUCAAGUGGACACUCUGAAGGAAGGACCAAAUUUUCUCGUGCCUCAGUUUUCUCAGGAAGCCUAUAUACAAAUGACCCAGUUGCUGGAUCUUUGUAUACUGGACAUUAACUCGUUGGAUUACCAGUAUGGAGUUCUGGCUGCUGCUGCCUUUUGUCACUUUACCUCAAUUGAAACUGUACAGAAAGUAUCUGGUCUGACAUGGGACAGUAUAUCUAGCUGUGUGCGCUGGAUGGCCCCCUUUGUGAGGACGGUCAAUGAAUUUGGCCAGCCGAAACUGAAGGACUUCAAAAAAGUUGCAGCAGAGGACCGGCACAACAUCCAAACUCAUGUGGACUAUCUGUCCAUGUUGAACGAUGCUCAGCAGCGACAGCAGGAGAACCUGGACCGACUGUCUCCAGUGGCAGUAGGAGGCCUGUUGACUCCACCAAAAAGCACAGAAAAACCCACUGUGUGAAAUGUUCAAGAACAAACUGCUGUUCGUGUUUCUGAUCCACUCCACCUGGGAGUCAACAGCACACGUAUGCCUUGCUCUUUGUGAGCAUGACUUCUGGACCCAUGUGCAGUUUGAGCACGUCUCAGAACUGGGUUUGUUUAACAUCAGUGUUGAAGAGCAUUACAGGAUGAGACAAGGUGCUGUCUUGAAAAAUGGUCACGGCCUCACAGGAUGGUGUUCAAAGCAGUGAUGUGUGCCUUUUCAUCAAAGACUCAGAAUAGAAGAUUGUUUACAAGUAUUUAAACCUUAUACAAUAUUCUGGGGCAUUUUAUUUCUCAAACAUGCCCAGAGCAAUGCAGUGUUGUAUCAGAGAUUGCUCAUUUUGUAGGAUUUUUGUCUUAUUUUUGUGUGGUGUGAAAGUUUAGUCCAUAAACUAUGUUGCCAUAGGAAUUCUAGUCAGUGCUGCUCUAAACCUUUGGUCAUUGUGAAGCUGAACUGCAGCGUGGAGACUGUUCACUGUACUCCAAACUGGUGUGGAGGAGUCAAGUCAUUCCUACAGGUCUGCUGCAGUUUGACUUGUUGUUUUUAGGAACACAUUCCUAUUAUUUCACUCUGGAAGGAGUUUGAUGAAUUUAGAAUUGCAAGAGUAUUUGCAUAUUUAUGGUGCCACCUUUUCUAUUUUAAAUUGAGUUUUCAUGAUAUAAUUCCAUUUUAUUGCCAAAGGCAAAUAUUUAAUUCAGUGGGUGCUUUAUUUAUGAAAUUUUGUAAGAUACAGUAUUGUACUGAACCUUACUUUGUGUAGCAUAGCUUGAUUUUAUAAUUUUUUUUUUUUUCCCUUUUAACUCUCAGAACUGGGAGCCAAAUACCAUGCCUGUAAAGUAGAUGGUGUAAAACUGUAUAUAAGAGAAUGUGUACAUUUGUUAUUGUCAGGACAUGAUUGGUUGUCUUGGUGGUUUUUAAAAUGUGAAAUAUUAAAGCAUUGAUACAGACUUGGUGAUUGAACUACUCCUGGGGGGAAUGCAGAAAUGAGUCCUGAGUAGAUUGCAUAUAUACGUGAAAGAAAAGUGCGAGUAAUGGUGAGCAUGGUACGUUUUGCUUCAAGAGACAAAAUAUUUUCAGAAAGCCUUCAGGAGUGUGAGCAAAUGCCCCCCCAAUACAGCCUGUAUGUAAAAAAAAAUUUAAUUUUUUUUUCCAGGCUUGAAUAAAGGGUUAAGUGGUCAUGAAAA